ACACUAGCGAACUUGCACGUGUAAAUUAUCUAUUUGCUCAUUUACUUGAUUCCUUUAGAAAUGCGUAAAAAGCAGCAUGACGAACUACCCGGUUUUCCAUCAUUGGAACAAAGUGUUACUGGUGGCGGCCACGAUGACAUUCUUAAAAACAAACCAAAAUCGAAAAAAAGCCAUGGAUUUCAAUCUAUGGGCCUGGGAUUUGAAUUACUGAAGGGUAUAACUAAGCGUGGAUACAAAGUUCCCACGCCUAUUCAGCGAAAAACCAUUCCGCUGAUUCUGGAGGGACGCGACGUUGUUGCGAUGGCCAAAACAGGCUCCGGCAAAACCGCCUGUUUUUUAAUACCUCUGUUUGAGAAACUGCAGCGCCGGGAACCCACAAAAGGCGCUCGUGCCUUAAUUCUAUCGCCAACGCGAGAGCUCGCAGUGCAAACAUAUAAAUUUAUUAAAGAGUUGGGUCGCUUUAUGGAAUUAAAGACAAUACUAGUGCUGGGCGGUGAUUCUAUGGACUCGCAAUUUUCGGCAAUACAUACAUGUCCAGAUGUUAUUGUUGCUACGCCUGGCCGCUUUUUGCAUUUGUGUGUGGAAAUGGACUUAAAACUAACUUCAAUAGAAUAUGUGGUGUUCGACGAGGCCGAUAGGCUCUUUGAAAUGGGAUUUGGCGAGCAAUUGAACGAAACGUUGAAUCGAUUGCCUGCCUCACGUCAAAUGGUCAUGUUUUCUGCAACUCUCCCAAAGCUACUGGUUGAAUUUGCACGGGCUGGACUCAGUGAUCCGGUGCUAAUACGAUUGGAUGUGGAGUCCAAACUACCAGACGCAUUGGCUUUAAAAUUUGUAUACUGUCGACCAGAAGAUCGCUUUACAGCUUUAGUGGUGCUCCUGAAAUAUGUGAUACCACAGCAAGCACAGACAGUCGUCUUUGUGGGUACACAACAUCACGUCGAACUUAUUUCAUAUAUUCUAAGCCAGUCAGGCAUAUCGAACACUUCCGUGUAUUCCAGCUUGGAUGCAGCUGCACGAAAAAUUAAUACUGCAAAAUUUGCGAGCAAGAAGGUUUCGGUUCUAGUUGUCACAGAUGUAGCCGCACGCGGAAUUGAUAUACCCAGCUUGGAUUAUGUUGUUAAUUUGCACUUUCCGGGUAUACCGAAAUUAUUUGUACAUCGCGUAGGGCGUUGUGCCCGUGCAGGACGCACUGGAACAGCCUAUUCUAUAUUCUCCACAGACGACACAGCGCAUUUGCUGGACUUGCACUUAUUUCUAAAUCGGCCGUUCAAUAUCAAUGAUAGCUCAUCCAUAGGAACCAUACCGCAAGACUUGCUGGAAGAUGAGUAUUUGACCGUGACCGAGAUAAAAAAAAGUCAUCAUAUAGCAGGUGUGCUGCGCACCAGCGAGAAUGCGUACAAGAAGUACUUGAGCUCCCGCCCCACAGCAUCCACUGAUGCCAAUUCGCGAGCCAAGAAGAUUAAAUUCUUUGCCUUAAGGGCACUUGAAGAUUUUUUUAAUGCCGCGCCUGUGCUCCAGCAAACCGCGACCAUUUCUGGACAAGGGCUUAAUGCUAUUUCCAAAGCCGACGUAGCAGAAUCUGAGCGUAAAUUGGAAAACGAAAAGCAUGACAUAUUAGUGAAGAUGCGUAACUUUCGACCAAGUGGUACCAUUUUUGAAUUGAAUACAACUCAAAAGUCAGUGCCAUUUGUUGUUAUGAAGGAAAAACGAUCACAACACGCUGAAGUCAUUGAAAAGUAUCGCCACCAACGUUCCAAGGAGGACAUUAUCGAGGAACAAAAGGAAGUGAACGCCUUGAAGUCAAAUACUAGUUCAUGUGCUGAUGACGAGUCCAUUAAAAACACGUUUAAUAAGGUUGUUGCACCCAAAAAACGACAAAAUACGGACGAUCUAUAUACAGAAAAAUCAAAGAAGAAAAAACGCAAGGUACAAACCAAGGAUGAAGACAACUAUGUACCCUACCAGUCAGCAGAUAAACACACCGAGGAUGGCCUUGCUAUUAACUCAUUCGAGCGUCAAGCUCAGAAUGCAGAGUUUUCUGUGGUGGAUCGCAAUAGAAUCGAAGAAAUAAAGCACAAGCCAGGACUUAAAAAAUGGGAUCGUGUAAAAAAAAAAAUGGUGUCGGUGCAAGAUCCACAUGCAAACAAAAUACGCACAGAAUCUGGCGCUUGGAUACCGGCAUCCUUCAAAACGGGUCGCUACAGCGUGUGGAAGGAGAAGUCUAAGAUUGAGGAACAGUUACAACGGGAAAACGCUGGCAGCGCUGACGACAACCUUCAGCCAUUAUCCCAUGUGCAACGAUAUCCAGUUGGACGCCACGCUCGUCACAACGCAAAGCUGGAAUUGAUGAAGCGCAUCAGCGGCAAUGAUAAGGAGCUGCGAAAACCGGAACAAAUAGUCAAGUCGCGGAUGCGUCUUGAGUUUAUUAAGAAGCGUCAGGAAGAAAAUAUCACAAAAAAAGUUCAUAAUCGCCAGAAAAGUAUGCGAAAAAAUCAAAGAACAAAACCAACCCCACAGAAUACUGGAGGAUUAAAGAGACGCAAAUAAGAUAAGGUAACCUGUAUUUUUAUAUGGGUAUAUAUAUCUUGUUAAUAUUUUAUGUACUAAAAAAAUAAUUGGUUCUACCCGAGCUCCUAGCACUUAUUUAAACAAUUAUGUUUAAAAGACACAUACUCGUAAUGCUGAGGUUGGAAAUGAGCUGCCUAUCCGAUUUACUUUUGUUCUCAAAUAAUUUGUAUCCCCUUAUUCAAUUCGAUCACUUUUCAUCUCAAACACUUGAAAUACAAAGACGGAUCCUUUGUCUGUCGGGCCAAACUAUUGGCGACUUUCCAAGAACAUUUUCCCGGUUUAACAAUUAAAGAAAUAUGUCAAAUGA